UUUGCAAAUUCGGGUAAAACUUCCCCAGUGUAAUCAAGAUUUUACUCUCUGUUUCUUGCGGAGGAAGAAGAGAAUCGAGUUAGAGAGAACCAGAUAGAUGGAUCCCAAAUUCACAGAGGUGUCCCAAGUAUUCCAGCUAUUCAAAGCAGCGUUUGUACGAAAAGAUUUUGAUACUUGCAUGAAACUUCUCUCUCAGCUCAAGGUUACAUUGACAGAAUUUAAGAGUUUACCUCCGUUAUUUGAAGAAACACCAAAUGCCAUUCAGGAACGGACACUUGCUAGGGACAUAUAUGAGCAUGCAGUCUUUCUAAGUGUAAAGAUUGAGGAUCAGGAUGCUUUGGAGAGGGAUUUUUUCCAACUGAAACCUUAUUAUACAGAUACCCAUGGUCUACAACCAUCCACUCAGGAGCAUCCGAUAUUAGGUCUCAACCUUCUGAGACUCCUCGUGCAAAACAGAAUUGCUGAAUUUCACACUGAGUUGGAAUUGCUUCCUUCCAGUGCUUUAGAGAACCCUUGUAUCAAGCAUGCAAUUGAAUUGGAACAAUCCUUCAUGGAAGGAGCUUAUAACCGUGUGUUGGGUGCUAGACAGACUGUACCUCAUGAGAUAUAUGUUCAUUUCAUGGACUUGCUGGCGAAGACAGUCAGGGAUGAGAUUGCUGGAUGCAGUGAAAAGGCUUAUGACAGUCUUUCAAUAAACGAUGCUCGACAAAUGCUGCUGUUUUCUUCUGACCAAGACUUGGUUAAAUAUAUUGAGGAGGAACAUCCGGAGUGGGAGAUAAGAAAAGGUUUUGUGUUCUUCCAAAGAGCUAAAGAAUCUGCACCUUGCAAGGAGAUUCCUUCUCUGCAGCUGAUCAACCAGACACUCAGUUAUGCAAGGGAGUUGGAACGGAUUGUGUGACGAGUAGCUUCCCCCAUCUUAUCCGUGCUUCUGUUUUUUGUAUUUUCGAAUUUUUGAUGCUAAAAACUGCUCUUUCGCAUGGAAUAUUUUCAUUCUGAUUUGGAAAAAAAUAUUGGGGAUGAAAAAUAGAAUGUUGGCGGAGUUUCUUUUCAGAUGUUUAGUAUUUUUAACCAAUCAGACAGAUUUGCAUUUUGCUUUGGUUAUUCA